CUUCCCUCUCAGCGACGACCAGGCAGCAAUUACGCUUUGGGGAUAAAACGAGGCGCAGAGUGCGGCUGGGGCAUUCCUCCCCGAGAUGGCGGGUCUGACUGCUGCGGCCCCGCUCCUGCUCCUGCUCCUGCUCAGCCUCCUCCACCCCGCGCAGCCAGGAGGGGUCCCAGGGGCAGUGCCUGGUGGUGUGCUUGGUGGCAUUCCCGGAGGAGUCCCCGGAGGAGUCUUUUAUCCAGGGGCUGGUCUCGGAGGCCUGGGAGGAGGAGGCCUGGGACCUGGAGGGAAGCCACCCAAGCCAGGUGCUGGGCUGCUGGGGACAUUUGGGGUUGGUCCUGGUGGGCUCCCUGGUGGACUCCCUGGUGGCGUCACCGCAGGGGCAGGGAUUGGGGCCUUUCCUGCAGGCACCUACCCGGGGGCUCUGGUGCCCGGUGGAGCAGCUGGUGCUGCUGCUGCUGCUGCUUAUAAAGCUGCCAAGGCCGGGGCCGCCGGGCUUGGUGGAGUUGGAGGACUUGGUGGCGUUGGUGGCGUUGGUGGCAUUGGUGGCGUUGGUGGCUUAGGAGUGUCUACAGGUGCCGUGGUGCCUCAGACCGGAGCGGGCGUCGGAAUUGGAGCUGGAGGGAAGCCAGGGAAAGUUCCGGGUGUGGGGCUCCCAGGUGUAUACCCAGGUGGAGUUCUCCCAGGCACAGGAGCUCGCUUCCCUGGGGUAGGGGUGCUCCCUGGAGUCCCCACUGGAACUGGAGUCAAGGCCAAGGCCCCAGGUGGAGGCGGAGCUUUUGCUGGAAUCCCAGGGGUCGGGCCCUUUGGGGGCCAGCAGCCUGGGGUCCCCCUGGGAUACCCCAUCAAAGCACCCAAGCUGCCAGGUGGCUACGGACUGCCCUACACCAACGGGAAGCUGCCCUAUGGAGUUGCUGGUGCAGGGGGCAAAGCCGGCUACCCCACAGGGACAGGGGUUGGCUCCCAGGCAGCAGCUGCAGCAGCUAAAGCAGCCAAGUAUGGUGCUGGAGGAGCCGGAGUCAUCCCUGGCAUCGGAGGGGGUGGCAUUCCUGGAGGAGCUGGCACCAUUCCCGGGAUUGGGGGCAUCGCAGGGGCUGGGACUCCUGCAGCAGCUGCCGCUGCAAAGGCUGCCGCAAAGGCUGCCAAGUACGGAGCUGCUGGAGGCCUAGUACCUGGUGGGCCAGGAGUUAGGAUCCCAGGUGUCGGGAUCCCAGGUGUCGGGAUCCCAGGUGUCGGGAUUCCAGGUGUUGGGAUCCCAGGUGUCGGGAUUCCAGGUGUUGGGAUUCCAGGUGUUGGGGGCCCAGGUGUCGGGAUCCCAGGCAUUGCAGAUGGAGCAGGGCCAGCUGCAGCUGCUAAAGCAGCAGCCAAAGCAGCUAAAUAUGGGGCCCAGGCUGGAGUAGGAGUUGGGGGCAUCCCCACCUACGGGGUCGGAGCCAGGGGCUUUCCUGGCUUCGGCAUUGGACCCGGAGUUGGGGUCGGACCUGGAGCUGGGGUCAUACCCGGAGUCGGGGUCGGAGUCGGAGGUGUCCCCGGAGCUGGCCUUUCCGCAGCAGCCCAGGCCGCCGCUGCCGCCAAAGCUGCCAAGUAUGGUGCAGCAGGAGCCGGAGCCCUGGGAGGACUGGUGCCAGGUGCAGUACCAGGAGUGGUGCCAGGUGCAGUACCAGGAGUGGUGCCAGGUGCAGUACCAGGAGUGGUCCCAGGAGCGGUACCAGGCGCAGUACCAGGGGUGGUACCAGGCGCAGUACCAGCUGUGCCGGGCACUGGAGGAGUGCCAGGAGCAGGGACCCCAGCAGCUGCAGCCGCCGCUGCAGCUGCCAAAGCAGCCGCCAAAGCCAGCCAGUAUGGGUUAGUCCCCGGGGUCCGCGGGGUUCCAGGCGGGGUCGGCAUCGGUCCUGGUGGUGUCGGCGUUGGUCCUGGUGGCCUUGUGCCUGGUGGUAUUGGCCCUGGUGUUGGCACUGGGAUUGGACCUGGUGGUAUUACAGGAGCAGGGACUCCAGCUGCAGCCAAGUCUGCUGCUAAAGCAGCUGCCAAAGCCCAGUACCGGGCCGCUGCUGGGCUGGGAGCCGGUGUCCCUGGCUUCGGGGCUGGUGCCGCUGUCCCUGGAGCUGGAGUUGGUGUUGGUGUCCCCGGAUUCGGAGUUGGGGCCGCACCUGGAUCCCUGGCCGCGGCUAAAGCAGCCAAAUACGGAGCAGCAGGGGCUGGAGCUCUUGGAGGACUUGGAGCUUUUGGAGGACCCGGGGCUCUUGGUGUACCUGGGGCCCUGGGAGGGGCAGGGAUCCCUGGUGGUGUGGCAGGCGCCGGGCCUGCUGCCUCAGCCGCUGCUGCUAAAGCUGCUGCCAAAGCUGCCCAGUAUGGCCUUGUGGGUGCCGGGGGGCUUGGAGCCGGAGGACUGGGAGUUGGGGGGCUCGGAGUCGGAGGACUGGGCGCCGGGGGGCUCGGAGUCGGAGGACUGGGAGGUGUGUCCCCAGCUGCAGCUGCUAAAGCAGCCAAAUACGGCUUGGCAGCCAGACCUGGCUUCGGAUUGUCCCCCAUUUACCCAGGUGGUGGUGCUGGGGGCCUGGGAGUCGGAGGGAAGCCCCCCAAGCCCUAUGGAGGGGCCCUGGGAGCCCUCGGAUACCAAGGUGGGGCCUGCCUGGGGAAAUCCUGUGGCCGGAAGAGGAAGUGAGCUUCCGGGGGGACCCCUGACUCUCGACCUCAUCAACGUUGGUGCUACUGCUUGGCGGAGAAUGUAGACCCUCGGAAACCCCACCCCACCCAUCCCCACCUGGGAGGGGACGCAGGCCGAUGGCCUCCAACGCCCACACACAGGACAAGAAAACAAGAGCGGGGUGGCCACGGGCCCCAACUGCGAGGCCCCCCUUCAGAGGCCAUGAGUGGGUGGCCUCGGGCCCUCCCCAGCCCCUUCCCACCCAGGAGCUCCCCCCACAGUCUCCAUCUCUGGGGAAAUUGGUGCUACACGCUGGUGCUCUCGUCUUCCUGGGGGAGGAGGAGGGCAGGACAGCCCUGGGAACCCCCUCCCCGGGGCUCCUCUGAUGAUGGUGCCUACAUUUCCUGGGCAGUGCCACCUCCCCCUGCCCAUCAGGAGCCAACCCUGGCUGCGGUCCAGUUGGUACCCAAGCCCCGGAAACCUAAAGCUGGAUUCGGUCACAUGUUCCCCUCCCCUCUGCCUGUGGCUGCUCCCCACAUCCGGGGCACCUUAGAGUCAGAAGACCCCACACAUACAACACUGGGAAUGGUCCCCUUGCUCUCACGGAGCCACCUGCCCGUCUGUCCAGCCUCCCAGCCUUGCCCCAGUCCACUGCCCAGUGCCACUCGCUGGCUGGGCACACCUGUCGCGGCAGCCUGCGACCGGCCUCCGUCUUUCCAUACACCCUGACGCUGGCCCAGGGUGUGAGGGGCCUGCGGGCUUGGCGGACAGGGCUCUGCUCCCCACCCCGGACCUCUCCACACGCAGUACUGUACCCCCGACUCUCCCUUGAGCCACCGUAACUACAGAGCAUGUCUCACCCCCCCAUCUCUUUGUGUCUCGCUGUGAUAGAUCAAUAAAUAUUUUAUUUUUUGUCCUGGAUAUUUGGGGAUUAUGUUUGAUUGUUGAUGUUCUCUUUGGGUUUUAUUUUUGUGCUGAUCUGGGGAGCUGUAACUCAGUAGAAAUUUCAUUUUAAUCACUCUGGUAUAACUCUGGAUGGAACACAUUUUUUAAAAAAAUAAGGAAGAGAAUUAACUGCUUCAGA